AAGCAGGCACUUCUAUAUGAGGAAAUAAAGGAAUCGCUGGUCGAGAAUAGAAGUUGCAGAUUUCAGAGCGAGCUUCCCGUUCCUUUCUCUUACGCAUUCUUCGAAGUUCGAAACUCCCGACCUCGUACGAUACACCUCGUAUCCCUCCAGUUCUGCGAGCCAUCGGAUACAUCGUGCUGCGUUUUCUCUUCGCCGAGGAAGCUUCUUGUAUUCGUUGGAUGGUGCUGUGAUUGCGACAGCCACCGGAGCCCUAAGAAUUCGAGACCGACGUCCGAUCUCUCUCAGUUGGAUGUGAAUCCAAUUGCGGGAUGGAAGGUUCUUGAGGCUCUACGUGCGAUGAGAGAUUUCCUGGAGGAUUAGGGCGUGGCGGCGUUAGUGAUGGGGGAGAGCGGAGAGUCGUCCGUGGCUGUGAGGAGGAUUCACGGACUGGAUCGUGGGAGCAACUACAGCCCCUCUUCUGCUUACGUUGUCACAGGAUCAACAGCAUGGAUUGGGAAAGGACUUUCUUGUGUUUGUGCUCAGGGAAGAGAGAGUGUUGCCCGAAUACCUUUCGAAUUGACUCCUUCACAGAAAAUGGAAAGCGGCUUACUAUUUAUUUUGGAUAUAUUUGUGGUUCAGGAAGAAUGUCUGCAGAAAUUGCAAAGAAGAUUAGAUGUUGUUUAUGAUAGUACAAAAGUGGAACAUCAGGAAGCAUUAAGGGCCCUCUGGUAUGUAGCAUUUCCUGAAGUUGAACUACGUGGUUUAAUAACUGAACAAUGGAAGGAAAUGGGUUGGCAAGGAAAAGACCCAUCUACAGAUUUCAGAGGUGGAGGAUUCAUAUCAUUGGAAAAUCUGCUCUUCUUUGCGAGGACUUUUCCCAAAUCCUUCCAUGAUCUUCUUCAAAAGCGUGUGGGUGACAGAUCCUUGUGGGAGUAUCCAUUUGCUGUUGCGGGUGUGAAUAUAACAUUCAUGCUAAUACAAAUGCUUGACCUCCGAGCUGCAAAGCCAAGGACCAUGAUGGGAGCUCUUUUCUUAAAGAUACUUGCAGACGAGCGAACCUUUGAUCUUCUAUAUUGCAUUACUUUCAAGCUGAUGGAUCAUCAAUGGCUUACCAUGAAUGCUUCCUACAUGGACUUCAAUGCGGUGAUGAAAGCCACAAGGCGUCAGUUGGAGCGCGAGUUUCUGCUUGAAGACAUACAGCGUUUGGAAGACAUGCCAUCAUUUAGGCUUCUUCUUCGGUAAUUAUUAUUCUGAUACAGCUGACUUUUCAGGCCUCCACUUAAUAUUUACUUUCCUCGAGCAUUCUUGCUUGAUUUGAUCGAGUCUGGCAUGCUCAGGGAAAUUAUCAAGUGAUGUAUAAAGCGAAUGAUUGUUUUGUUUGAGGGAUUAUUGUUCAAAGUAUUAUAAGAAUUAUAGUUUGAUUAAAAAUUGAUGUGCUAUUGAUAUGAGUGAUUAGAUAAUUAGAAUAAUUAUUUUUUUUUAUU